GAUCUUCAUGUAGGAAGAACUUAUUGCGGGACUGCCUCCUUAGACUACAUUAAUACAUUUAGCUGGGUGUAACCAAAAUGCUGCCAACUGAGUGCGCUAGUCUCUAGAUUGACCGGUGUACGCCUGGUCAGAAACCAUGCGGACCCAUCACAACCACGCCUAUUUGGCCGCCAUGGCUACCGUAGAAACAACGGCUAGCUAAAUUAGCCAAGCGCUGUGGCUGAGGUUGGAAAAACACAGCUGUGUCCGUGCAUAUUGCGGUCUUUAUUAACAUUUAUAACGCGACCCGACCACUGACAGAGCUGGAGGGACAUAACCUAUACCCGGGAUGUGCUCCGUCGUCGGAUGUGAUUCGUGGCGUCGCAGUGCGCAACGGUUCAAGUUACCGGAGGAUCCGGAGAGGAGACUGGAGUGGGUUCAGUUUCUCGCUACAGUCAACAAGCAGCGUUUUAAAGAAUCGUCCUGGACUGAUAUAACCAUUUGUAGUGAACAUUUUAAAGGUGACUGUUUUAUAUAUGCGGCACCGACUGGCACGGUCCUGCUAACUCCCAGUGCUGUCCCAUCGGUGUGUCUCCAGUCGGAGUCACAAGAACCGCAGCCAGAUGUUGAGAGACCAAAACGUGUGGAGCCUGCAGAAACCACAGAAGAUGCUUCUAUGUGUGAUCAGCUUAAAACAUGUGAUAGUCCAUCUUCCCUUUCUGAAGAAUCAAGACUAACUUCAAUGGCUGCCCAAGGAGGCCCAGUCCCAAGAGGUGUAUCACCCUCAAAGGGUCCUUCAGAUACUCUUGUAUGUGGCCAGAUCCAACCAAAAAAUGUGAAUAUUGAUUUGAUCAGGGAAAAAGCUGCACUGCUAAAGAUGAAGGGGAAGUUUGUUGUGAACGAGAAACGCCUGCUCCAGUUGUUCAGCUGCAAGUGCCCAUUAUGCGGCUGUAAACUUCAGAUGGAGAAGGUCACCUAUGGCGUACUCAUCGUCUUGAACCAACAUUGCCUUCAGUGUGAGUACAGAAACCAGUGGAAAAGCCAGGUCAAUGCCAUUGUCCCGCCAACUGAAGACGUAACUCCAGAGGCAGCACCAGCAGAUGACUCAGGCCUCCCUGAGAUCGUUGCUGUCAUUGAUGAGGAGAGUGAUCCAAUGGACGCAGCAGAGGAAUCGAGUGAUCAGGGGAAUAUAGAUUCAGAUGAAGAUUGGCUGCCAGUGAGGAAUCCAUUUUCAACUAGAGUAAGUCAGAAGGAACCUGACGAGGAAACCGAAAAUGACGACACAGGGGAAGAUUUUGAUGAUUAUCCUCCACUCCCCGUCAAGUACAGUCAGCUCUGCGCAGAGUGUGGGAUGUUUUUCAAUAAACGGAGGCCUCACACGUGUGAGCAUAAAAUUAAGCCCUACUCCUGCAAUAUCUGUGGCAAGAGAUGUGUCAGUGAGAAUGCUCUGAAUUCUCACAGCAGAAUCCAUGAUGAAAACUAUGAGCAUCGGUGCAAAUACUGCCACGUUACGUUCAAAACAAAGGUGGACAAAAUCACCCAUGAGCAGAUCCACCUAACCCAAGGAAAGCCCUACAAAUGUCCCGACUGUUCAGAGACAUUUGCCACAAAUAAGGAACGCAAAAGCCACCUGGAGGUUCACAGAGGUCCCAAGCAGUUAAAAUGUCACAUCUGUGGGAUUGAAUUCCUGUGGCCCCUUUCUCUUCAGAGACACUUGGCUGUGCACACAGGCGAAAGGCCUUUUAAGUGUUCGGUGUGCCAGCGUGGCUUCAACCAGGCAGGUCACCUCAAAUCUCACAUGCGUCUGCACACUGGGGAGAGGCCUUUUAAGUGUCAGCACUGUGACAAAUGCUUCAACCACAACGUGAGCUUGAAGAGUCACGUCCAGCGUUACCACACAUCCAGUUCUGGGUGUGAACAGAAGAAAGAAAAGACAAUUGAAAGGGCAAGUGAUAGUGGUGAUGCUCAGAGUAAUGGGAACAGAAGAGGUGCAGGCUCAGGGCUUGAGAAUGUAGAGGAGGAACAGGAUACAGACGAGGAGGUGCAGCACGAGGGAGGAUUCAGGCAUAAAAAGAAAAGGAAAACCACAGGUAGACCCAUUGGAAGGCCUAAGAGUUAUGCAUCAGACAGUGUAGUUGUGGCAAUUCAGUUGGAAGAACCAGGUUCAAACACUAAGACUCGGAAAGUGCGGAAGUCAAGGAGAUCACAGCACAGCGAUGAAGAAAGUGAGGACGAGCCGACUGACAGUGACAUUACUGGCUUUGAUUCAGCAGAGGAGGAAGGGGAGAAAAGGAAGAAGGCGAUGAAGAACACAGCAAAAUCAAGGGGAAGAGCGAAAAAUUCAGACAGUGACUCUGAUUUUGACCCAGCAGAUAAAAGGAAAAAGCGAUACAGCAGCCAAAACAGUGGUAAAAGAUCACGGAAGCGCAAACAAAUGGAGCUAAAGAAUUCCGACGGGAUACGCCGGAAAACAAACCGCGCGAACCUCGCCAUUAAGCCACGCCCACUCAUGAAACCCCGCCACCACUACGCGCCACUGCUAGCUGGAGAGACCAAACACACACCCGGGAUGUGCUCCGUCCUCGGAUGUGAUUCGUGGCGUCGCAGUGCGCAGCGGUUCAAGUUACCGGAGGAUCCAGAGCAGAGACUCGAGUGGGUCCAGUUUGUCUUCGAAGUCAAUGGACAGCGACUUAAAGAAUCGUCCUGGACUGAUAUUAACAUCUGUAGUGAACACUUCACCGAUGACUGUUUUGAAAACUUGGCUCCGACUGGCGCGGUCCAGCUGAAGCCCAACGCUGCCCCAAAACAAUGUGCGAAGUCUCAGCCUGAGCCAGAUCAGGAGCCUGUGGAAACCACACAAGGUGCCUCUCAGUGUGAUCGGCUUGAGGCAUGUGAUGGUCCUUCUGAAGAAUCAGUAGCUGUCCCAGUAAGCCCAGUGCCGAGCGAUACUUCAGAUGCUUUCAUGUGUGAUUAUGGUCAGAUGCUGCAAAAGAUUGUGAAUAUCGAUAUGAUCCGGGAAAAAGCCGCGCUUCUUCAGAUGAAGGGGAAGUAUGUUGUGAAUGAAAACCGGCUCCUCCAGUUGUUCAGCAGCAAGUGCCCGUUAUGUGGUUCUAAAGUGAAGGUGGAGAAGGUUAUCCAUGGUGUACUCAUCGUCUUGAACCAACAGUGCCUUCAGUGUGAGUACAGAAACCAGUGGAAGAGCCAGGUCAAUGCCAGCGUCCCGCCAACUGAAGACGUAACUCCAGAGAGCGUGUCAGUAGAUGGCGACCACAGCAGCGUCACAGCUGUUGCCGUUAUCAAUAAGGAGGAGGACCAUAUGGAUGAAACAGAGGAAUCGGGUGAUGACGGUGAUGAGGAUUCAGACGAAGAUUGGAAUCCAACGGAUGAGAUGUCGCUGGCUAAAGGGCUUCAUAAUGAAUCUGACGAGGAAACCGAAGAUGAUUUUGAUGAUUAUCCUCCACUCCCUGUCAAGUACAGUCAGCUCUGCACAGAGUGUGGGAUGUUCUUCAAUAAACGGAAGCCUCACACGUGUGAGCAUAAAAUUAAGCCCUACUCCUGCAAUAUCUGUGGCAAGAGAUGUGUCAGUGAAGUUGCUCUAAACUCUCACAGCAGAGUCCAUGAUGAAAGCUAUGAGCAUCGGUGCAAAUACUGCCACGUUACGUUCAAAACAAAGGUGGACAAAAUCACUCACCAGCAGAUUCACGUAACUCAAGGAAAGCCCUACAAAUGUCCCGACUGUUCAGAGACAUUUGCCACAAAUACGGAACGCAGAGUCCACCUGGAGGUUCACAGAGGCCCCAAGCAGUUAAAAUGUCACAUCUGCGGGAUUGAGUUCAACCACCCCCGUUCUCUUCAGAGACACCUGGUUGUGCACACGGGAGUAAGGCCGUACAAGUGUUCGAUGUGCCAGCGUGGCUUCAACCAGGCAGGUCACCUCAAAUCUCACAUGCGUCUGCACACUGGGGAGAGGCCUUUUAAGUGUCAGCACUGUGACAAAUGCUUCAACCACAACGUGAGCUUGAAGAGUCACGUCCAGCGUUACCACGCGUCUGCUUCUGGGUGUGGACGUAAGAGGGGAAAAGUAAAGAAAACUGUAAGCGAUCCUAAUGACGAUCAGGAGAACGUCAGCAGGAGAGGUGCAGACUCUGAGCUGGACAAUGGAGAGGAAGAGCGUGAUAAAGAAGAGACGGUAGAGGAGGAGAGAAUAGAUUUGCCACAAAGGAGAACAAGGAGCACAAGCAGACCCAUAGGAAGGCCUAAGAGAAAUGCAGCAGGCAGCUUGGAGCUGGCCAGGGAAAUGCAAGGCCUGAGUUCACGCACCAGGACCAGAAAAUCAAAGAUGCAGAAGUCAAAGAGAACACAUUGCAGUGAUGAAGAAAGUGAGGAUGAGCCGACUGAAAGCGAUUUUUCCUCUGACUUAAAGGGGGAGGAAGAGGAGAGGAGUGAGAGAGGGAUGUUGAGCACAAGCAGAUCAAGAGGAAGGCCAAAAAUGUCUGACAAUGACUCUAAUUUUCAGCCGCAGGACUCGAAGAAAAAGAGGCGCAGCCGCCAGAGCAGUGGUAAAAGCUCAGGGAAACGCAGGGGGAGACCAAGAAAGAAUCAAGCAGUUGAAGACACUUGAGCUAAAAAAG